AUGGAUAACUCCACUUGUGUUCUUGGUAAUGGUAGCUCCAUUAGUUUAUGGUCCGAUCGUUGGUGUGGCUCUCCGCUUUUCCUUCAUAGCGAUGCUCCGGUCUUGUUUGAGGAACACUCGGUUGACAGGUUGUUAAUUAAUGGUUCGUGGGACUUUUCUCGCUCAGCUACCUACAUCCCAGCCUCGCUGCAGGUUCGCAUAUGUAGUUGCACCAUCCCUAUCGUCUCCCGUCCUGACAAAAGAUGCUGGGACAAUUCUCCAAAUGGAGAGCUUUCUCUCAAGUUGGCUUAUGAUUUCAAGAGAAGUAGAGGUAUUCCGCAAGAUCGGUGGAAGAUGAUUUGGAACAAUUAUAUUCCUCCCUCCAUCUCCUUCAUGGUUUGGAGACUUAUGCACCAUAAAAUGCCUACUGAUGAUCUUUGGCUUAGAAGGGGUUUUUCUUUCCCUUCUAGAUGUUCUCUUUGCGGCUGUAUGGAUGAAUCGGAGCAACACCUUUUCUUCAAUUGUCGGUUUGCUUUGAUGCUUUGGAGUUGGCUUAAAUCAAUGCUUAAUCUCUCCUUCUCAAUCCUUGGAUGGGAAGACAUUUGGAGGAUUUUAGACAAAGAUGGUGCUGUCCAAUGCAAAGUCAUUAAUCUUGCGGCUGUUUUUUCGCUUUUGCACACGAUUUGGUUCGCUAGGAAUAAGGCCAGGUUUAAUGACUUAAAACUCCCUAUUUCUUCCUGUGUUUCCUCUAUUAAAAGUAGUGUGUUUCUUGCUGGCAAUGCUGUUUCUCAUGGAUCUCAUCUGAAUAUGCAAGAUUUUGCUCUCAUCAAGAGUUUUAAGGUGACAAUUCGGCCUCCGAGGGCACCGAAUAUUAAAGAGGUUUUGUGGUAG